CGAUGACACACAGUGCCGGUUGUUACAGACGCGUACGUGCGACGACUGUUCUUUGUUCCUCGCCCCACCAGUAAUUUCAGUUUCCUUCGCAAGGAAGGCACCAACCACGUCAUGGACAGCGUGUACGGGACUCUAUCUGACAAGUUGAGGAGAGAGGGUCUCUGCCCGAUUUGCGUGAUGGAGACAGACCUAGGCCCGAAAUACACCUGCUCAAACGAGCACACGAUCUGUUAUCGGUGCAAACCUUAUUACUACAGCUGUCCCAUUUGCCAGUCGUCAUUCGACACGAGUAUACCAGCCGCGCACGGGGCUUCUUCGUUCCCAAUGCCCACCGAUUUCGUGCCUCAUUCUCUUCCGCCCAGAUUCUACUCGCAUCAUCCCACUGCUCCGCCGAUAUGCGAAUUUAUGGAAAGAGAAGGAAACAGGAUGCCACCACACCCGCCUGGUCAUCAGGAACUAAAGACGUGCGCGUACAGGGAUUUUGGAUGCUGGGUGAAGCUGCCCAUAUACUUGGACCUGCACGAAUCUCGAAAUAUAGGGCCGUAUAUUUCGGAUAAUGUCAGUUCCGUCCUCACUUGGAGGAAGAGAUGCCCAAGUCCAGCAAUGACUCCGAAUGAGCACCAUGGUCGGCCCGAAGAAUUAGUGGAAUGUAAAUAUAGAAAAUACGGCUGCAUGGUGAACAUGCCCAGAAGAAGGAAGCUGUUACACCAGGAGCAAUGCAACUACCGGAAGUACGCACACAGCGACAGCGACUUGUCGACGAACAGCGACUUGUCCACAGACAACGAAUACGAUCCGCAAAAUUGCGUGGCGUGCAAAUGGACGCAAUACGGGUGCAGAGUGAGGCCCAAAAUAAAUCGUUUGAAGUCUCACGAGAUGAACUGCAAUUACAGGAUGGAAGAGUGCGCUUAUAAAUCCAGAGGAUGCACGGAACUGUUCAAACCACCGAGGAAAUUCGCUCAUGAGAAGAAUUGUCAGUUCUCUAAUUUUUGA